UUUGUGGUUACCAUGAAUUGUACCCUUAUCUUUCUAUGUUUGAAGCAGUCUACAUUACUUGGAGCAUAGCAAGUUUAAAUGAGGAAAAUAAACAUCUCAAAUCCUAUUGCUCAGGGAAAUUAUCAUUAACAUUGUCAUAGAGUUCUCUUUAGGCGAUAGAAAUAUUUUUACAGAGAUGAAAUCAUACUGUACAUACAGUUUUGUAUCUCAGCUCAAGAUAUCAUUGACUCAAAGAAGUAUUUCCAUAUUAUUAAAAAUUUUUAAUGUCUGCAUAAUGUUCCAUUUUAAGUAGGUACCGUAGUUUACCUCUAUUUCCCUACCAUUGGAUUUCUUAAGUGUUUACCAAUUUCCCUAUUAUAAAAAUGAUAUCACAAACAGAGCAUAAAGGUAUGUCUGUUAUUGAGAUUGCUUCCUAUGAUAGAUUCCUAGAAGUAGCAUUACUAGGUUAAAGAGAACGCAUACUUUUUGAGGCUCUUGGUUCUUUUUACCAGAGGCCUUUCGAAAAACGUAAUAUGAAGCCACAUAUUACUACUAGCAUUGUAAAGGAAUACCAGUAUCACCACAUGGGCAGGGCUUUUUAGUUUCUUUAACUGUAUAUAUAUGUAUACAUAUAUGUAUAUAUAUGUGAAUCUUGUGCUUACUUUUUCCGAAGGCAGACAGUCUAUGGUGUAUUUGUCUAUGCUUGGAUUGUUUGUGCUGGGGUAUUACGCUGUGAUAUUGCACUACUGUGUUAAACACCCAUACUAAAGCAAUUAAUUUUUUUGUAAAUUCUGUAACUUUGUGGCCUUGACAACUGAGCCAGUCCUUUGGAGAAUAAGCAAUCCUGUUCUUCAUGCUAGGACAAUGAAAAGUGCCAAAGGUAUGAGAGAAAAGCCUGACAGCUAGAAAACUGGACUUAGAAGUCAGAUGCCCUAGGUUCUGUUCCCGGCUCCAUUUGUCAAUGUGUGUCAUGGGCAAAUUUGAUUAAGGAACUUGACCAAUCUGUAAAACGGGGAUAAUAUGUCUCACCUUAUAGGGAUGUCAGAGGGAUUAAUGAAAUAUUUUUUCUAAUACAUUUUAUAUUCUUCCAAAAUAGUUUCAAUAUUAGAUACCAAAUAUUUAAGUCAAUCUAAAAUUUGAAUGGUAGAAAUUAAUUUUUAUACUCUCAAACUUUUCCCAGUUUAUUAUUUAAAGCAUUUAUUGUCUACUUAUACAAAGUAUAGAGUGAUUACAGGUUUUCUCCAAAUGUAGCAAAAACUUGAUACUGGACUUCAGGAAAAUUAUUUUGUGCUUUAUAACUUAUACAGUUUACAUAUAUCUUUCAUAUUUAUCAUAUAUAAAAAUAAAAAAGGGAAAUCAAUUAUUGUAAAGAAAACACCUUGAGUUAUCAUGGUGAGUCUAAAAAUAAUAUAAAAUUAUCUUGAUUUCCUAAUUUGUGAUAUUUUAAGAAAGGAGCAAUGAAAUAGUGGAGUGAAAAAUAAUUUAACCUCAUUGCUUGAAUCAAUUUUUUUCCCUUAAUUUGGCAAUGUUCUGUCUAUAGAUCUGCUUUUUCUAAUCUAGAAAGAGUGUUAUGGUAAAAAAAAAAAAUGGGUAUCUUUAGGAUGAGUGUAAGAGUUAGGUAACAAAUUUAAAUAAUUCCUGAACCUUAUUUAGAAAUUUUUAUAGAAAAAUCUCCUGGCAAAAAAACAGCUAUUCUCAACCUCUUUAACCUGACUUUGAGGCUACUUGAGGGCAGAGGCUGUGUCUUAGAUAUCUUUGUAUACCCAGUGUCUAGGACACAGUAGAUGAUUAGUAAAUGUUUACUGAUUGAAUUAAUCUGCUGGUUCAGAUAAGAAAUAAAAGCAAUGCAUGAAGGUCAUCUGCUUCCAAGAUAACUAAUACACCAUAGGAGCUACAAGGUUCUUGGAAAUAAUUAAUACCUUAGGUAAAAAUAAUAGUAGUUUGCACGUGCACUACAUUUUUCUAAAAACUUAAAGCGUAUCACCACUCUUUUUAUUCUCAAAUUUCACUUUUCUGGUGUAGAGGCUAUACUGUGUGCAGAUAUUUUAGAUUGAUUAUAUUUUGAUCACCAAGAGUUUGUGCUUCAUGUAAAGUCGUAUCAUUGAUUAUUUUCUUGGACAGGAUUUUGCUUUUUAGUUUUUGGUUUAUUUUUUCUUUCAGGUACUAAGCUACUUUGAUAAUAGAUUUGUAGGAUUUUUUUUUUUUUAAUAAUUUCAGCAAGAACUCCCUUUUUGAAAUCUUUGGAAUGUCAGUAGUGUUGCAAAAUCAGUUUUAAACUUUUUUUGGCCAUAUUUAGUGAUAACAGCACCUUCCAUUUUGUUUGACUUGUCAUAAAUUAGUUUUGAAAUCUACAUUUAUAAAUUUACUAAUGUAUGUGAUAUUUCUGAUGAAAAUGCUUUCCCCUACUCCAUGCAGAUUUUUGUGCUUCAAUAAAGGAAUAACAUUUGGAAGAAAGGAGCCUCCCUCUGAACCCUGGGAUUUUCUAAAACUCUAGUAAUACCAGGGUAUCUCACAUUGUGUGUGUGUGGUCUAAUGAAUACAGCAAACUGGUAACUGAGCAAGGUUUAAAACCUAAGUGCCAUAAUUUCUACUCCAGUGAUUUUCCUUCUUCAGCACACUACUUCCUCAGUAUGACUGGUAUUUUUUUAGUUUGCAACCUACUCUAGUAAAAGCUAUCCUUUUAAAAUGAUGUAUAUGGGAUGUUAACUGGUCCAAGGACCAGACAGAACAAAUGAAAUGAUUUAUGGAUCCAAAGUGAUUAAGAAGGAGGGUUCAUCUACAGGUUUGUGUAAGGUCAGGACUCUAGAGAUGUGUUUCUGCGAUGGACAGAGAGUAUAGAUUUACCUAGUAGUAAGAGGAUCUGACUCAAGUUGAGAAGUUUGUUUCCAUUGCAGGCCAGAGGGUGCAUUUGAUAUACUAUUCGGUGUUUCUGGGAAACACAUCACAAAUUCUUUCUACCAAGAUUAUUUGCAUCUCAUAAAAAAUCUACCUGUACUCAUGUACUUUUGCCCAGUUUUGUGUUCGUGUGUGUGUAUUUUAAUAACUGAGUUAAAAGCACAGGUUUUGUACACAUCCAUUCACUCAUUCAUUCAUUCAUUCAUCUGUCCAACAAAUAUUAUUUGAGUAUCUCUUGUGUUCCAUGUACUAUGCCAUGGGCUGGCACUGUAGCUCUUAAGAAAAUAGAUAAAGCCCCUGCUGUCAUGGAACUUACAUCUUAAUGAAGCAGGACAGAUAAUCAAUAUAUGAAUAAACAAGGAAAAUACCAAAUUAUAAUAAGAUCCCCCAAAAGACUAAAACAGAGUGAUACAUUUUUUGUUGCUGUUGUUUUUAAUAUGGUCCUUUUAUGGUGGACUACAUAGAUAGGAUGGUGAAGGAGGAGGCAAUAUUUGAAUGAUGGGAAGGAGACAGCAUGCAGAUAUUCAGGAACAGAGCCUUCCAAGGGGAGGGAAGAACACUUGUAAAGGCCCUAUUGUGGGAUAGACUUGGGGUAUUUGAGUGCCAGAUAAUAGACCAGUGUGCCUGGAGGGUAGUGAGUAGGUGUUGGACAUGGAAUCAGAUGAGGCUGUAGAGGUAGUGGGGGCAAGAUUACACAGGACCUUGCAGGCAGCAUCAGGGGGUUCACAUAGUCCUGAGUUUGAAUCUCUACUACUUACUGUGUGACUUCAGAUAAGAUGCUUAAAUUUUGUGACCUUCAGUUUUCUCAUUUGUAAAAUGGGGAUAAUUAUUACUUUGCAAGGUUGUUUAUAAGGACUGGGAUAAUAAAUAUAAAGUGAGUAGUAUUGUGACUGGAAUAUGGUAUACUCAGUAAGUGUAUUCCAAAUAAAAUCUACCUGAAUCCAGAGUCAGUUCCCCCCACUAUAUCAAGGGAGUAAAGCAAUUAUAAUGUGUUGGUUGGUUUUAUAUAGCAUUUAAAAUAGUGACUAUAGAAACUUUAGAGAUGCAAUAAAUCUUUGAUAUUGCAUGAACAACAGCUCUUGCCAGGCAAGGAACUUUAAUGCAUGUUCACAUUCCUCUCAAUGCCUAGCAUAAUGUCUUGUUCCUCCUAGAAAUUCUUAUUAUAUUCAUUGACUAAGUGGAUUUGCAUAUCAGUGUUACUGCUUGACAGCAACAUGCGAAAACUUUUGAAAUAACCUCAGGAAUGUUCAGGUUUUCCCCAAAGGUAUACAUCAGUAUAGCAGCCUCUUCUUUUGACAGUGUUUUGCCCUUAAUUGUACAGGUUGGAAAUGUCAGAAUAGUACAUUAAUCGCCUGAGCUCCAGAUGGCUGGUUUUGUUUUGUCUUGUUUUGUUUAAAGGAGUGUGUAAUGGCUGCAGAGUCCUCUGACUGAUGUCAGAUUUGAGUCGUGUAAAUUGUUGUGUUUAACGUCGAGUAAACAUGCAUUUAAAAAAGUCACGAGUUGUAUUUUUUAUUCUUUGGUGUACGAAACCUUCACUGAAUAUAUUUGAUAAGUUGAAAGCCUCAUUCAUUUUGGGAGGAUGUUUAUAAAGACAUUACCGAUUAUCUUAACUAUUGAUGGUAUUUAACAUCUGCAUCCUACUUUAGGUGGUAGAAGAAAGAAAUGAAGACUUAGAGAUGUGUGUGUGUAUUUUGAAUUGUUAGCUUAUAUUAAUUUUCUCUCCGAGACAUAAAUGACAUGCUAAAAUAAUAACUCAUAGAACGUGGACCAUAAAGAAAUGUUGUUUGUAAAAUUAUUUUGUGGAACCAGAAAUGUGUGUUCUCUUAUGUUCAAAAUUCACAACUUAGGUCUUUAGAAGUAAGAAUGCUACCAGCAGAAGAAACAGAUGGUUAGUAAUCUAUAAAAGUAAUACCAUCAUAUUGGGUAAUAUUACACUUCUGUUUCUAUUGGUAUAACCUCUAACUAUAACAUGAUAUACAUCAUUUAUGGGCCCUAACACUGUUGGUAUUUUUAUCAAUACCGUAUAAAGGCUACAUAUUCAAGUACUAGCUUAGUAUUCUUGUCAGGUUGUCCUUUCAAGUUAGACUAGGGCUUUGGGUAAGCAGCAUUUUGUGAUAUUCAUUGUAUACUAUUUGGGAACUAAAAUUGGUUCUCAUGGAGCAUAGAUGAAUUAUUUAACACAAAGAAGCUUGAAUAACUAUAAAUCUAUCAUUCUUAUAGAAAAUAAAAGCAAAUGUUUGGGUUUGUUAGGUAAAAUCAGUUUAUUGAAGUGAAACAAAUAAAUAAAUAAAAAUCAACUUCCAUGAAUUCUUAGAGUUUGCAUAUACUAACCUAAAUAAAUCAUUCCUAUUUUAAACACUAACCAGAAGAAUAUCCUACUAAAAUACUAUUUUAUUACAAAGAUGUCAGUUUCUUUAAUUAAACUGAAUAUUUAUAGACUAGCUGAUUUUAUUCUCAAUAAGUGGUCACUUAAAAUGUUGCAGUAAUUUUUUAGAGGUCAUUUCACAUAAAGUGAAAAUUUAGCUUCAGUUGCCUAUAUACAAAUUAAAAUCCAUCUCCGUCUUGUUCAUUCUUAUCUAUCUAUAAGAUAUUCUAUCUUGUACUUCUUCUGUUUGCUUCUAAAUAUAAGCACUGCUUAGGGUUUCUUACUUGGCCCUCUAUUCUCACUUUCUGUAUUCUCCUUGGGAAUCUUGAACACAGAUUUAUUAUUAGUAACACAGGCAGUGUAGCCUAGUGGUUACACAUGCAGUCCCUGGAGUCAGACAUACCUGGGAUCAAAUUCAGGCUCUACCUCUUACUAGCAUUGUGACCUUGUUCAAGCUUUCUAAGCCUCAGUUUCUUGGUCUGUAAAACCAUUGUUGUUAGCUGUGUCAAUGACCCCAUGCACAAUGGAACAAAACGUUACCUGGUCCUGAUCGGUUGUAGAUCAGACCUUUGUGAUUCAUAGGAUUUUUAUUGCAUGAUUUUUGGAAGUAGCUCGCCAGGCCUUUCUUCUUUAUCAACCUUACUCUAGAAGAUCUGCCGAAACAUGUUUAGCAUCAUAGCAACAAGCAAGUCUCCACUGACAGAUGGCUGGUAGCUGUGUAUGAGAGGUGCAUUGGCUGGAAAUCCAACCUGGGUCUCCUGCAUGAAAGGCCAAAAUUCUGCCACUGUACCAAUACCUCAGCUGUUAAAACCAAAACACUACUUAAUCUCUUACCUCAGAGGGGCUGCUAAAACCUGGGAAGCAUCUUAGUUCCUCUAUCCUAACUGCCACACCAUCCCCAUUCCAGUUUACUUACCAAGGUGAAUUAAGUCUAUGUCCUAAAACACUCUCUAAACUAGUCUUUUAUUUCUAACAGCAGUGUUAAUGUUAGCUCCUCAUCAUAUUCGCCCUUGGUGUUUUUAAUAGACUGCAAAUAUAUCUACUGUUUUCAUUCUCUCCCCAGCAGCUUCUACACACCUCCUUGUCCAAGCCAUCAUUUAAAAUCCUGUGGAGCACAGUUCUACUCUGACACACAUGGGGUCACCAUGAGUGGCGUCGACUCCAUGGCAACUGGUUAGAUUGUAUUUGGAAAUGACACUCUCCAAGAACCUUCCAGGCUUUUGUUAGCCUCCUCCCUCCUCCUGCAUUAUUAACCUUAUUUUCAGUUAAAAUUUAUUUUACCAGUUUAUAUUCUUCAAGAACAGAUGUUCUACCUGACCUCAGAUAGCUCCACUCACCAACAGGGAGGGCUGAAAAACAGCAAACAUGAAUGUACCCUGUCUUCACAAGAAUAUGUUCAUGAAUUACGAUCCGGUAUUUCAGAUGAGAAACUUCUUAAUUGCCUAGAAUCCUUGAGGGUUUCUUUAACCAGCAAUCCUGUCAGCUGGGUUAACAACUUUGGCCAUGAAGGUCUUGGACUCUUAUUGGAUGUACUUGAAAAGCUUCUGGACAAGAAACAGCAAGAACAUAUUGACAAGAAGAAUCAGUAUAAACUUAUUCAGUGCCUCAAAGCAUUUAUGAAUAAUAAGUUUGGAUUGCAAAGGAUUCUAGGAGAUGAAAGAAGUCUCUUACUAUUGGCAAGAGCAAUUGACCCCAAACAACCCAACAUGAUGACUGAAAUAGUAAAAAUACUUUCUGCUAUUUGCAUUGUUGGAGAAGAGAACAUUCUAGAUAAACUUUUAGGGGCUAUAACUACAGCAGCAGAAAGAAAUAACAGGGAACGAUUUUCACCAAUUGUGGAAGGAUUAGAAAAUCAUGAAGCCUUGCAAUUACAGGUGGCCUGCAUGCAGUUUAUAAAUGCCCUUGUAACUUCUCCUUAUGAGCUUGAUUUUCGAAUACAUUUAAGGAAUGAAUUUCUCCGCUCUGGACUAAAAAGAAUGUUACCAGAUCUAAAAGAAAAAGAGAACGAUGAGCUUGAUAUUCAGUUGAAAGUAUUUGAUGAGAACAAAGAGGACGACCUAACUGAAUUAUCACACCGCCUCAAUGACAUUCGAGCAGAAAUGGAUGAUAUGAAUGAAGUAUACCAUCUUCUGUAUAAUAUGUUGAAGGACACUGCUGCGGAAAAUUACUUAUUAUCCAUUCUACAGCAUUUUUUGCUCAUCAGAAAUGAUUAUUAUGUCAGGCCACAGUAUUACAAAAUAAUUGAGGAGUGUGUUUCACAGAUAGUGCUGCACUGCAGUGGUAUGGACCCAGACUUCAAGUAUAGGCAAAGAUUAGACAUUGAUUUCACGCAUCUGAUAGAUUCAUGUGUGAACAAAGCAAAAGUUGAAGAAAGUGAACAAAAAGCAGUGGAGUUUUCAAAGAAGUUCGAUGAAGAAUUCACAGCCCGGCAGCAAGCUCAAGCUGAGCUUCAAAAAAGAGAAGAAAAAAUCAAAGAGCUCGAAACAGAAAUCCAGCAACUUCGAACCCAGGGGCAUGCACUCUCAGGUUCAUCAGGAAUUUCAGUCCCUCCUCCACCUCCAUUGCUAAGUGUGGGGCCACCCCCACCCCCGCCUCCACCACCACUGCCUCUUGCUGGAGGAAAUCCUCCUCCUCCUCCUCCUCCACCUCCUUUAAUUGGAAUGAACGGCAUACCACCACCACCUUUGUCGGCAGGACCUCCUCUACCACCACCCCUUGGAGGAGUUCCUCCUCUUCCAGGAGCACCACUUGAUCUACCUUUUGGAAUGAAGCAGAAAAAAAUAUAUAAACCUGAAGUGUCCAUGAAGAGAAUUAAUUGGUCAAAGAUUGAGCCCAGAGAAUUAUCUGAGAACUGUUUCUGGUUAAAAGUUAAGGAAGACAAGUUUGAAAAUCCAGAUCUCUUUGCAAAAUUGGCACUGAAUUUUGCUACCCAGAUAAAAGUUCAAAAGAAUGUAGAAGCUUCAGAAGACAAGAAGAUCACGCCUGCAAAGAAGAGAGUGAAAGAAUUGAGAAUUUUAGAUCCCAAGACGGCACAGAAUCUAUCUAUAUUCCUGGGAUCAUAUCGCAUGCCAUAUGAAGAUAUAAAAAACAUUAUUCUGGAGGUUAAUGAAGGCAUGUUGAGUGAGGCCUUAAUCCAGAACCUUGUAAAACAUCUACCUGAGCAGAAGGUACUCAAUGAAUUAGCAGAACUUAAAAAUGAAUAUGAUGACCUCUGUGAGCCUGAACAGUUUGGAGUUGUGAUGAGCUCAGUGAAAAUGUUACGACCUCGUCUCAAUAGCAUUCUUUUCAAGCUCACGUUUGAAGAGCACGUAAACAACAUCAAACCAAGCAUCAUAGCAGUAACUCUUGCCUGUGAAGAACUAAAGAAAAGUGAAAGCUUUAACAAACUUUUAGAGUUAAUUCUUUUGGUUGGAAACUACAUGAACUCAGGCUCAAGAAAUGCCCAGUCGUUGGGGUUUAAGAUCAACUUCCUUUGUAAGAUUAGAGAUACUAAAUCAUCAGAUCAAAAAACAACCCUUUUGCAUUUUCUUGCUGAAAUUUGUGAGGAAAAAUACCCGGAUAUCCUGAAAUUUCCUGAAGAACUGGAGCAUGUAGAAAGUGCAAGCAAAGUUUCAGCUCAAAUUCUCAAGAGCAACCUCACAGCAAUGGAACAACAAAUCAUUCAUCUGGAACGUGACAUCGAGAAAUUCCCCCAAACAGAAGAUCAACAUGAUAAGUUUGUGGAAAAGAUGACGAGCUUUACAAAGAUUGCCAGAGACCAAUAUGACAAACUGUUCACCAUGCACAGCAACAUGAUAAAGCUCUAUGAGAAUCUUGGAGAAUAUUUCAUUUUUGACUCUAACACAGUGAGCAUAGAAGAGUUUUUUGGUGAUCUCAGCAACUUCCGAACUCUCUUUUUGGAAGCAGUGAAAGAAAUCAAUAAGAGAAGGGAAAUGGAAGAGAAGACUAGGAGGGCCAAGCUCGCCAAAGAGAAGGCUGAGCAAGAAAAGUUGGAACGCCAGAAGAAAAAGAAACAACUCAUUGAUAUAAACAAAGAGGGUGAUGAGACUGGCGUGAUGGAUAAUCUUCUAGAAGCGCUACAAUCAGGUGCAGCAUUCCGAGACCGCAGAAAGCGAAUUCCAAGGAAUCCAGAUAACAGACGGGUACCUUUGGAAAGGUCACGCUCUCGCCACAAUGAAGCUAUCUCAUCUAAGUGAUUCCUGAUGCCAAAGAGUAUGAAAAAUAUUUCAGUAAACAAAAUCAUAUGUUUUGAGAAGAACAAAACAUGCGCUCAAGAGAUGGAGACGAAAUAAGUGCAUUUCUGCUAAGAUCAAGCUAAGCUGGAUGAAAUCGUGUGCAUUUGUAGAACUAUUGCAAGAUGCCUCCCGCAAUUAUAUUAAUAUGAACACAAUUAUCAGGAUUAUAAAAAGUGUGUUCCUUUUUAGUGUAAUGAUGUGUGUUAUUUGUUACUGCAUGUGAUCUGAUGGUGAUGACGGAAAUAUAAAAGAUUGAAAAGAGCUAAAGCUGUUCAAAAACACUGUUUGUCAAAAAUUUAUAAACUUACUGAAAUUUGUAGGUGAUCAAAUAAAAAAAGGAGGAAAGAGAAGAAAAAGACUAGAAAGAAGGAAUUAUUCAGUGUCUGGUUCUGAUUCCUAUUAUAUAUAAAAAGAAAAGACCAACAAAAACGUGCAUGUUUAGGAUUUUGGAUAGGCACUAAUGUUGUCCACACUGUAAGAGAAGCCGUUUUGGGAACUCAAAAAAAAUCUCUCCUUAACCCCUGUCAAGUUAUUUAGAAUCUUAUCUCAAGUGAAGGCUGAUGGAUUCAUCUGCUUUGGCUGAAUUUAAACUUAUCAUUAAUCUAGAGUUACGGCAUGAUAUUGCAGGCACUUAUCAUUGCUAAAAAUAAACCAAAGUUUAACAGAAUCAGUUACAGAAAGCAAUUUAAACUUUAUUUAAAGAGGUAUUUUCUAAUUAUGCACAUAUAUCUACUUUAUACAGAUACUUUAUAUGGCUAUUUUUGAGAAGAAAGUUCACAUUUUAAUGUUUAUGCUAGGGAAGAAUCUGAAAAUACUAUUUCUUUUAUUUAGAUUUUAAACACAAAUAUUGAUUCCUAUACUCUAUGCUUUAUUUCUUCUUCUGCUGCUUCUUUCUCCCUAGACCCCCUCGAAGGCAGGGAACAGAGUUCUAGAAGACCUGAGAGAAAACAGAUUUCUCUCUGCAGGAGGCAGCAGAAAACUAUCUGAAAGGUCAAUUGUUUUAUCUAACUUUCUACUCCCCUUUCCAAUUCUGCUUUGGUGGCCUGAAGAAGAAAAAAAGAAAUUCUAUGUUAUGUAUGUAUAUAUGUGUGUAUAUAUUUAUAUCUCCUGCUACAAUUAUUCCAUAUCCCAGUAGCUAAGUGAACUUUUUAAUCAUCAUCAUACUUACCACCUUAUAUUAACAAAUUAAAAUGAUGCCGCCAAAACAACUCUAGAGGGAAAACCAGGCUCUGCAUUUUUCUUAAGUAGACGAGGGAGUAAAAGUUAUGCUUAACUUGUCUAUUAUUUUAAGGUAUGCAUUGAAAUAAUGUGGUAUAACUUCUCUGGAGUGCAGUUUUAAGACUAAUUCAUGCCAAUGAUUGUGAUUAUUGUAACAGAUUUCUUAUAUAGAAAAUCCUACUUCUACUCCUCCAUUGCACAUUAUAACAUUCAGAAAGAACAAAUGACUCACUCAACAAGUCACCAUCUGAAAAAAAACUAAACAAGUGACCAACAGCUUACAGAUUCCUUUAUAUAGACGUAUAAUGAUUCAAACUGCUGCCUUUUCCUCCAAUGCAUCCUUACUUGGGUACUAUACUUCAAAAAACUCUGAAGCUGCUACAAUAGAGAAAUCAAAAAGAGUAUCAGUAUCUGAGGUUUUGCAGUUUUAUCCUAUCUUAAAACACACAUACAUACACACACACAACCUUAAGGGGUAUAUCAAUUUCACACAUUUUUUUAAACAAGAAAAGUUUAGAUUCUACUAACUUAUGUAUAGGCCUAAUGUGUAUAUUUUUGACUUUACAAAGUCUUUUUUGAAAUCUUCAUAAUAUGGCUUCUUUGAGUCUUUUGAUAGCUUUUCAGGCUGUAGGAAAAUGGUAUUUUAAAAUGUUAACCCUGACUAAAAUUUGGGGGCAUUUACCAUGCCAUGUUAUUAAGCUGGUAAGGGUAAAAAUACUGACGUGUUUCACCUUUUCCAGAUGUGAACGUGUCUUAUUUUUUAGUUUGUGAAAACAAAUGAAGAACUAUUAUUGAUAAAUUAUAUAUUUGUAUUUAGACUAAUCCCACGUGCUUUUCACAAAAAUUAAAAAUUGUUCAGAGUCUUUCGUGAACUUCCGAUAAUUGAAUUAAAGAGUCUGCUUCCCAGAUUUAUAAUGGUCCUGCUCUAGCCAUUUGCAGUUUUGUUUUACACAGAAAAGUAUCACUAAAAAAAACACACAGUGACAUUAUUAGUAUGUUGUUGUUGUUAGAUGCUGUCGAGUUGGUUCUGACUCAUAGUGACCCUAUAGAACAGAAUAGAACUGCCCCAUUAUUCGUAUAGAACCAAAUACUACUAAAGUCUUAUUUUGGGUUUAUUACUGCCAUGUAUGAGAAGCACCAUUUAUGUAGAUUUUUUCUAGAAUGUUAUUUUUUUUAAAAAGUGCAAAACCCUUAAAAUGUUUACUAGUUGUAUUAGCUUCCUGUGGCUGCUGUAACAAAUUACCACAAACUUGAUGUCUUAACACAAUAGAAAUUUAUUCUCUCAUAAUUCUGGAGGCCAGAAAUUUGAAAUCAACAUGUCAGCAGCAUUGUGUUCCCUCUGGAAACUCUAGGGGAAAAUCCUUUCCUUGCCUCUUCCAGGCUCUGGUGGCUGUCGACAUUCCUUGGCUUGUGGCCACAUCACUUCAGUCUCUGCCUUCUCUCCUCCUCUUCUCUGUGUGUUCCUCUCUAUGUGUCUGUCUCAAAACUCCCUCUGCUUCUCUUUUAUAAGGAUACAUGUGAUUGUAUUUAGUGCUCACCUGGAUAGUCCAGGAUAAACUACUCCUUUCAAGGUACUUAACUUACUUACAUCUUUUGCCAUAUAAGGUAACAUUCACAGGUUCCAGGGUUAGGACAUGGACAUAUCUUUUGGGAGGCUACCAUUUAACCCACUACAGUUUUCUCUCUGGUCUUCAAAAUGCCAUGUCCAUCCCAUGUGAAAAACACAUUUAUCCCAUCCCAAUAUCCCCAAAAGUCUCACCCCUUUAUAGCAUCAACUCUUAAGUCCAAAGUCCCUUCUAACAGUCAUCAGCUCAAAAGUCCCAAAUCUCAAUCAGGUGUGGGUGAGAUUCUGGGUAUGAUCCAUCCUUGGGUGAAAUUUCUCUCCAUCUGUAGACCUGUGAAACUAGAAAACAUGUUAUCUGCUUCUAAAAUCCAGUGGUGGGACAAGCAGGCAAUAACAGGUAUAGACAUUCCUAUUCCAAAAGGAGGAAAAUGGAAGAUAGAAAGGAAUCACUGGUCCCAAGCAAAUUCUAAAC